GCCAAGUUAAUAUACACCCCCAAUGAGCGUUCGGGAUCCGACCCGUGCGCGCACAGCCACAUCAUGACUUCACCAAACGCUAAUAUCCUCAAACGUCUCUCCCUCAACCCAAUCUGUUUUGUUAUUAUCGAUAACACAUUCUGAUGAUAAUGGCCGAUGAACAAAUCGAUAUCGAUAGCUUCGAUCCACCCGCUUCAGGCUCACCCAACAUCGACACGCACGAACAAAAGCUGGCCCGCAAGGUGCAAGACGCAAUCUCUACCAUACCAGACGAGCCAAGCCAAAUUGAUGCGAUAGCCAAAAUUCGCAACUGGUUCAGUCCAGACUGGGAGGAAAGCCUGUUCUAUCCCAUCAUCCAGGAAUACUUGAUUGGAAAUCUCGAUUUGGCGGCAAUUGUAAAAAAAACAAUGAAGCUCAUCGACGAUGCAAUUUCAGAGAGUCGAUCGGAAGAGAUAGGUCAAAUAGACUUCGGAUAUAGUGUGUUACAUUCCGCAAAGAGGAUUUCGUUCAAGGAUGAACGUAUGCAUGCAAAGCUUGUCGAUUUCGUGGACGACAUCAAAACUCACACAGGGAACCACAACGACUACGUUCUCUACGACACUAUGUUGUCCUUCUCGGGAUCCGCGCUCGAAACCUUGAACGAUUGCCCUGGAGUUGGCGCCGGAUACUCCCUACCAGAGAGUCACGCAUACGCCAACGCCAACUACUUCUUAGCUAGACUGACGAAAGAGGGCGUGUCUGAAUUUUGGAUGUGCGCCAUAUGGGCGAUGCGAUCAGGCCUCGAGGAUAUACUCAAGGACGAUGAACCCAACGAGUCUCACGUGCCCGGUACCACCAUCGAAAAACUUAAUGCUAACGUACCGGCCGCAGCAGUCUGGGUGUUCGCUCUGGGGAAAGCAUUGUAUGACAAAGAAGAAGACCUUACACCGACAAGCCCGAAUGGAGGAAACCCUGCGAAAGGAGGAGAUCGGUGGAAGGGAAGGAGUGAGUUUAGCAAAGAGCGCUGGGCUCUUUGGAAGCAGAGGUUCGGUGAUGUAAGCAAAAAUCGGGACGUAAGCGAAGAGACUCGAGAGAUAGCCAAGGAAGCGUUUGAGUCUAUGGAUCGAUGGGAGAAGAGUUGA